UGACGCAGUGUUGUAGGCUCGGCUAUGAUGGCAGCCGGGGGUUGACAUCGAUACAAUGCUCCAUAUAAACUAUUUAAAAGUUAGCGGAACAGCCCCGACACAGUAACGUAGCACAAAGUACGAGUCUCCAGAUAGCACACGCUUUAAACACACAGCCGCCCGGGCGGGGGAACGCAUGUUGUUUCCUGCAGUUCUUAUUAUAAGGUGGCACUAUGCCCGCAGCUACUGUGGAUCACAGCCAAAGAAUAUGUGAGGUUUGGGCCAACAACCUGGAGGAGGAGCUGAAGAGGAUCAGACAUGUCAUCCGACAAUACAACUACAUCGCUAUGGACACAGAGUUUCCGGGCGUAGUAGCCAGACCAAUCGGAGAGUUCCGGAGCAACGCUGACUAUCAGUACCAGCUACUGCGCUGCAAUGUGGAUUUGCUCAAGAUAAUCCAGCUGGGCCUCACGUUUAUGAACGAAGAAGGGGAAUAUCCACCAGGGACAUCAACGUGGCAGUUCAAUUUUAAGUUUAACCUCACAGAGGACAUGUAUGCACAGGACUCCAUCGAGCUCCUGACCACUUCAGGGAUUCAGUUCAAGAAGCACGAGGACGAGGGCAUCGAGACGCUCUACUUUGCAGAGCUGCUGAUGACUUCGGGGGUGGUGCUCUGUGAUGGGGUCAAGUGGCUCUCUUUUCACAGCGGCUAUGACUUUGGCUACCUGAUCAAGUUUCUGUCCAACGCGAACCUGCCGGAGGAGGAGGUGGACUUUUUCGAGAUUCUUCGCUUGUACUUCCCGGUCAUUUAUGACGUGAAGUACCUCAUGAAAAGUUGUAAAAACCUGAAGGGCGGACUUCAGGAAGUAGCUGAACAGCUGGAGCUGGAGAGGAUCGGGCCACAGCAUCAGGCCGGCUCCGACUCGUUACUGACAGGCAUGGCUUUCUUCAAGAUGAGGGAGAUGUUCUUUGAGGAUCAUAUCGACGAUGCAAAGUACUGUGGUCACUUGUACGGGCUCGGCUCAGGCUCCGCCUACGUCCAGAACGGAACAGGAAAUGCUUACGAAGAGGAGGCUAACAAGCAGCAGUCGUGACAUCACUCCGGAUACGAUAAAAAUGGAAGACCACGAAACAUAUAUACUUCGUUUAGUGAGCUGUCUCUUAUAGGUUCUGCUCAUCUUAGAUUAUGAUGGUCAAAAGCCAAAAGUCACAGCUGCCCUCACCACGUGCUGCUGUGUGUGUUUGUGUGUGAGUUUUGGUUUCGUCACAUCUGACAUGCUUGAAGAGAUGGGAUUUUAGUUUUCCUGAAAUGUUCUGUAGAAAUAAUUUGCACUUUAAAAGCUCUAACCUGAUUUUAUAUGGAAAGCUGAAAAUGUUUCCGAUGUCUCUCUCCUCUUUGUUGCCUCGUCUGUGUUCCCGUCUGACAUCGCGAACAUGUGAAUCUUUACCAUCAUAGCAGUGGUUCUCACCAGGCUCAGCCUUAAUAGUAGCUGCACUCUUAUCUUUUAAAAGUUUUAAUUUAUUGCCCUAGUUUCCGGACACUGAACACGACACGUCACUGCGCUUCUUCUCUGUUGGUGAGAAAGGGAGUUCUUCUCUGUGAGUGUGUUCACGUGCAGAUGAGUAGUUAUUACGAUCUUUUUCAUUUGUUGAUAAUAUUGUUGAGCUCUAAUCCCACUGGGAGACGUCUCAAGCUGGUGUAUUGUGCUGAAACAUGUUUCCUCUGUUGUUGCUGUUUUUCAGUUGUUUUCACGAAAAGGCUCAGAAUAGUUGUAUAUUAAUAUAUGUAACAAGAUGCAUACGGUGGGUUUUGAUUGAGGGGAAUGUUGAGUAUUUUUAUUUGUGCAUGAAAACACCCUCAUUGACACAAGCACAUAUGAACAUGGAGGAAAUUGCCUCUUGACCAGAUCUAUAAAAACAAUGAAAAGGCAUUAAAAGAAAAACAGUCAACUUCUCUGAACUGCUCUGCUGAGGGUAAGAUUUAAUUUUUAAUUGAAGUUAAGGAUUUUUAGAGUUUAAGUGUUGUAUUAAAUUAAGUAAAACUAUAACUUUUACUCAUUGGGAGGAAAACUAACAUUUGUUUUUAACGUUUCUCUCCAGUGGGGUUCAUUUCACUUGUAGUUCUGGCCCUUGAAUUUUGUUCUUGUUGCUUUCCAGAGUCAUGCUUCUUAGACCAGUCGCAUGUACUAAAAUAUUUUAAUAGAUGCUGUGUUGUUUAUUAGUA